CUAGGCAAAGGAGCUUUGUGUGGAUUUUUGCUCAAAUCUGGUCUAUCGGUCUGUAGUUUGCUGUAAAGUGAGACCACGUCCGAACCGGUAUGAUUACUUCGAUCUGUGGUUAGAGCUCAAUGCCAUGUAUUGACAUACGAGAAUGCCAAUGCCAUACUCUUUCUCUGCACGCACGGUAGCAAGGUCCAAGAAAUCCUCGAAUGUAUGCACUACUCGCACAUCAGCGUCCACUGCAUCAGACCCUUUAUUGCCAGGCUGAAGGCUCUGCGCCAUAAGGUUUGGUAGCCGUCUCUCUGAGGUACCCACAAGAAGAUAUGGUGAUACCAUUCAAAGUGGCAUCAUGGCGCGCAACUUCGUACGGCCACGGCCAGCGGUUGAUUCUGGUCGAGGAUGCACAGCACGAUGGGUGGAGAGAAGUAGAAAUAUGCCCCCUAGAUACUCAGUACUCAUGGGCCGUGAUAGUCUGGGCGUGCUUACUGUCUUUUUUCUCUUGGGUGCUCUUCUUCCAGCAUCCCAAAUACUUGCAUUCAAAUCUAACGACUUCAAGACAGUGUGCCCAGUCCGGGUUUUGUCGACGUGGCCGUGCGCUCUCAGCCCGCGCACUCGCAGCGGAUUCAUCAUGGAGGUCACCGUACUCAAUUGUCCCAUCGUCUGUCCUACUCGCACCUGACCAGGCAUCGUUCACUGCAUCCGUGAAGUCUGCUUUGUAUCCUGAAGUGAACUUCGGACUUGACCUGCGUUUGCACGAGGACGGCGUCGUGCGCGUGCGCAUGGACGAAAUAGGUGGUUUGCGAAAACGGUACGAUGAGGCUGCUAGCUGGGCGCUAGUCGCACCGCCUCGCGUCAGUCGCGACAUCUCCUGGAAAGUAGGCAAGCAUGCAGUACGAGCAGUUUAUGGAGAGAAGAAAAACAUCGAAGUUAUCGUCGAAUUCGAGCCAGUCAGGGUCGUUCUCCUUCGAGAUGGUGUCGAGCAAAUUGUAUUGAACGACGGGGGGCUGUUGCACAUGGAACACUUCAGGACCAAGGACGAUGCUGAACCUGCGGCAAUCCCGGAGGACGAGGCACAGACUACUUUACAGCUGAACAAUCGAGCAUGGUUUGAAGGUGAGGAACAAGAUGCAUGGUGGGAGGAGAGCUGGUCUACGUGGACCGACUCAAAGCCCAAAGGCCCUGAGUCUCUCUCCCUCGAUGUUACUUUCCCUAAUCACCUUCAUGUCUAUGGCAUACCUCAGCACGCUACCAACCUCUCACUUCCUACUACCACCGGCCCUGAUGCUGGCUACACGGACCCCUAUCGCCUGUACAACUCGGAUGUCUUCGAGUACCUACCCUCCUCCCCCGUCUCUCUCUACGGCUCUGUCCCCCUUAUGCACGCACAUAAUGCGAAGUCUACUGUCGCAAUCUUCAACGCCGUAAGCAGUGAUACCUGGAUCGAUAUCGGCCGCACGGAGACCGGAACGAAAACACACUGGAUAUCUGAAUCUGGGAUCCUCGACGUGUUCCUACUACCCGGCCCUACUCCUGCGGACGUUUUCGCUCAUUCAGACGACGUUCGCAGCGUCCAAAAGCGACUAGACAACGAGGACAUGCCUGUGGAUGCGUUUUGGCUUGAUAUUGAGUACUCCGAGGGUCACAAGUACUUUAUCUGGGAUAAGAAGAAUUUCCCUGACCCUGUCGAUAUGAUCAAGGAUGUCGAAGCAUUGGAGCGCAGAAUGGUGGUUAUCGUGGACCCACAUUUUAAGCGGGAUUCAAGCUACCCUGUAUAUAAGGCUGCUUCUGAGCUCGAUGCGCUUGUCAAGCCUAAGAGUGGCUCUGGCGAAUAUGAAGGAUGGUGUUGGCCGGGUUCCUCUUCAUGGGUUGAUUUUUUCAAUCCUGCGAGCUGGGAUAUGUGGGUCUCAUUUUUCAAGACGAAGAGUGUGGAUGGGCAGAACGUUGGGAUCUGGAACGACAUGAACGAGCCAUCCGUAUUCAAUGGCCCUGAAAUCUCGAUGCCCAGGGACAACGUUCACUAUGGUGGAUGGGAGCAUCGUGACAUCCACAAUAUCAAUGGCAUGUUGUUUGCCAAUCAGACGUACAAUGCCCUCAUGCAUCGAUCUGAUCCUCCAAAGAGACCCUUCGUUCUCACGCGCUCCUUCUACGCUGGAUCUCAGCGCUUCGGAGCUAUGUGGACGGGUGACAACGUCGGCACGUGGGAACAUAUGGCCUAUCGAUAUUUUUGUUUAUCCGGCUCGUUCUUAGCCGACGUUGGUGGUUUCUUCGGAAAUCCGGAUCCUGAGAUGCUGGUGCGCUGGUAUGCCGUUGGUGCGUUUAGUCCGUUCUUCCGGGCCCAUGCGCACAUCGACGCAAAGCGUCGCGAGCCAUACUUGUUGGACGAACCGUAUAAGAGUAUACUGAGAGAUAUGUUGAGGUUGAGGUAUGCAAUGCUGCCGGUGUGGUAUACGGCAUUCAAGGAAAUGAGCACUACGGGUAUUCCUAUCCUGCGUCCCCAAUAUGUUGUGUUUCCAGAAGAUGCAGAAGGUUUUGCGAUCGACGACCAGUUCUAUGUCGGUUCAUCAGGUCUUCUCGUUAAACCUGUUACAACUCGCGGCGCGACAAGUGCGUCCGUGUACCUGUCCGACCCGCAGAUAUACUACGACUAUUUCACCUCUCACGCCUACCCGGCGCCGGCCAAGAAAGUCGCUCAUGGACGAACCGUGACAGUUCCUGCAGCUCUUCACGAGAUACCCUUACUUAUCCAGGGCGGAUCGAUCGUGCCCACGCGCGAGCGGCCCAGGCGGUCAUCAGCCUUGAUGCGCCAUGAUCCGUUUACACUGCGAGUAGCUCUCACCACUGAUGGUUCUGCCACUGGUGGAGUAUAUCUUGACGAUGGUGAGGGGUACGGGUAUACCAAUGGUGAAUUUGUGUGGCGCGAAUUUGGUGCUGAGACGAAGAAAGGGGGUUGGGGUAAGGGCGGGGAGCUGAAGAUUUGGAGCAAGGACCGGGUGACACAAGGCGGUUCCAAUGACGUUGCGGUAUACAAUCCAGCGAACGUAUUUGCCGAGAGUGUCUCGGGCGUGCGUGUGGAGCGGAUGAUCGUACUCGGCGUCGGCUCGCGGCCUGCAUUGGUGAGUGUCAACGGUGGGUCGACAGUGGAGUGGGAGUGGCAGGAAGGCAUUGGGUCUGGUGCCACUACAGAAGGCAAGGCGGGUGUGCUGGUGAUAAGGGACCCUGCUGUGGGCAUCACUAGCGACUGGCAGAUUACAGUCGUCUUUUGA